AUGCAGGGAAUCAAUCCCGAGGAGUUUGUCGGAAAUGCUAGCAGCCUUUGGAAGAUGCUUGAUGAAAUGGCAACCAAUGAUCCAAAGGGAUACGAGAAGUUUAUCAAAAAGCAGAUGGAAUUUGUCUCCACGGUGUGUUUGGCGCUUCAUCCUGUCGUCUUCAAGCAACAUGGCUUUCCCUCGCAGGAUGACUCUACGGCGUCCACAAAGUGGUUCGGCUCAAGGGUUGACGAACUGAUGGCUGUCUGUCUGACCUACCUUGAAAAGGAAAAACACAUCUGCACUAAGGAGUACGUGGACUUUUCUCGCACUGGCCUGCUUCCCAAGUUGCGACCGGAAUGGUCCACGGAACCGCAUGGUGGCGUGGAGAGUAUGCUCAAGUCUCUUCACUACAAAAACCUCAACAUUGCUGCCUUGGCGCAACAAGCUCUUUCGGGCACUGGUUUGAUACCGACUGGCAACAAGGAGGCAGCUGGUGACGACUUCCAGACAACAAGCAAACCGCAAAUCUCCCUUAAUAUUGACAAACUAAAAGAGCCACAGUCGAAGGGGAAGCCGUUGAUCGAAGAAGUUGUUUACAAACCGCCACCGCCCACAUGGAAGUCGACGGGGCGUCAUGGGGACCCAAUGCUCAAGUAUUCCAUUGACCUUCCGGAUAAUAAAAUGCUCUCUCUGCAGAUUAAAGGCACGAAGGAUAUUUCCGGCCCAUAUUCCAUGCAGUUCCCCAAAUCCGUUUCUCCCUCAAAGGCUAAAGCAAAGCUGAAUAAAAAGAAGAACGCCCUGACUGUGCAUAUUCCCCUUGAAUAA